CAUUUUGUCGGCUGUGAACUGUGAAGGGAAUUUGUAGCGCCGCGCGCAGUGCAUUUUUUUCUGUAACAACAACAACAACACAGCUGGGCGCGCCAACAACAACAACAACAACAACAAUUGCUACAAAGAAGAGAGAGACACCCAGGAGAAACGAAAGAAUCUACAAAACAACAUAGCCACAUCUCUAAUAUAUAUACAUAUAUAUAUUUGAUAUUUUAUAAUAAAAGAGAUACAAAAGAGACAAGAUUGACUAAUACCCGUAAUAUUACAGUGGCUGGAAGAAAAGAAACACAAUUUACAAGAUACGCAACUUCUUCCGUUUCCGUUUUCCGUGUUACGGCCAUUGUUGUCUACGAGGCUCUCUCGUAAAGCUCACGUCGAGCAACACGCCUACACACACACACCCACACAUACAGAGACAGCAACUACUACAACUACUGCAUACACUCCCACACUCACUUCACUUUCACACCACUCUCCUCACACUUACACUCACAGCAGCAAAACAAAAGAAAUAUUAAAAAAGGAAAUUCAAGAAUAAAGCAUAACAACAACAACAGCAUCAACAACAACAACGUGACAUUAACAGCAGCUGGCAGCUGAGAGCGCUGAGCGCCAACAACUUUAAAAAGAGACAGAGAGAGCGAGAGAGAGAAUAACAUAGACUAAGAAAGAGAUCUCUCUUCUGAUCACGUUAAGUGAGAGCCAAGUGUGAGAGAAAUAGAAAAGGAAAGAAAGAAAGACAGAAAGAAACAUAGCGAUACCUGCACACAAGCGGCACUUAAAGAGUAUUUUGCAAAAAAUACUCGUGCACACACACUCUCAGGAUAUGUACGGCAACAAUAACCCGGGUAGUAACAAUAAUAACGGUGGUUACCCUCCAUACGGUUACAACAACAAGUCGAGCGGUGGGCGUGUAUUUGGCAUGUCCCAUUCACUGCCAUCCGGAAUGUCACGUUAUGCGUUCUCACCACAGGACACAGAAUUUACAUUUCCAAGUUCCUCGUCGCGUCGCGGCUACAAUGAGUUCGCAGGUGUUAAUGGCGGCAGCGCCAAUUCACUCGGCGGACUCUGCAACAUGCCGAUGGCCAGCAACAAUUCGCUGAACAAUCUGUGCGGCCUAUCGAUAGGCAGCGGGGGCAGCGAUGAUCUUAUGAACGAUCCACGCAACAGCAACACCAAUUUGAUAGUCAACUAUUUGCCUCAGGAUAUGACUGAUCGCGAGCUGUAUGCGCUAUUCAGGUCCAUUGGAACCAUCAAUACGUGCAGAAUCAUGAGAGACUAUAAGACUGGUUACAGUUUUGGCUAUGCUUUCGUGGACUUCACUUCGGAAAUGGAUUCGCAGCGUGCUAUUAAAGUGCUGAAUGGCAUCACAGUGCGUAAUAAGCGGCUAAAGGUUUCAUAUGCGCGUCCUGGCGGUGAAUCGAUCAAGGACACCAAUCUGUAUGUGACCAAUCUGCCGCGCACGAUAACCGAUGAUCAGCUGGACACGAUCUUUGGCAAAUACGGUUCCAUAGUGCAGAAGAAUAUAUUGCGUGAUAAGCUCACCGGUCGGCCAAGGGGCGUGGCAUUUGUACGCUAUAACAAACGCGAGGAGGCACAGGAGGCAAUCUCGGCGCUGAACAAUGUCAUCCCCGAGGGUGGAUCACAGCCGCUGUCGGUACGCCUGGCCGAGGAGCAUGGCAAGGCCAAGGCGGCGCACUUUAUGACGCAGAUGGGCAUGGGACCGCCGCAGGUGCCACCACCACCGCCGCCACCACCGCCACACAUGGCCAGCUUCAACAUGGUUCACAGAGGUAGAUCAUUAAAAACACAACAGCGCUUCCAAAAAACGCAUCCCUACUUUGAUGCACAAAAGUUUAUCUAAAACAAAAAUACAAAAAAAAACAACAACAAAAAACAAGGAAAAAAAAAUGCAAUCGUAAGAUUAAACAAAAACAAACAACAAACCAGUUAUACAUACAAUCUUAUGUAUAUAUAAUAUAUAAAUUUUUUUGACAAACAACAACAACAACAAACAAACAGAUACAAAAUCAUAACUCUAACCAUAUAGAAAAGAAAAAAAAAACAAAAAAAA